GACUAGGAAAAAAAAAUAUAUAAUAGUUUUUAUUUUUGUACUAUGUAUGUGGCAACCUGGGGAAAACCCUUCACAUGGCCAAAUUGUGAUGUGGAUUUAUAAACUACGGGUUUUCAGGAAGCUGCAAUAAAUCAAGUAAAUGGAAAUAUCCCUCAAAGGUGUGUGUGUGUGUGUGUGUGUGUGUGUUGCACGGCUGGAGGCCCCUGGAGGACUCGGGUGUCACUGCCACGCGUUUGAUGACAACAGAUAUGGCAUGAUGGAUUUGCCAGGAGAGUGGGGAUGAGAAAAACAGACAGGGACGAGUGGUGAAUGAGCGAACAGACGAGAAAAAGUGAGAAAGACCAGCUUCAACAACAUGGCAUGAUGUUAAGGACAAGCUGUGUAUAGAUGGCUGGAUAUAGCUGAGCUCUGGGAGAAAACGUUGAAACGACAGUCAUCGAGACAAAGGAAAAGGGUGAGCGCUCAGUCUGUGUUGACUAACACUCUUUCAAGGCUCAUUUUCACAUUUACUAAUAACUGUAAUGUGUAAUCAUCAGAGCAUAAAAUCAUACUUGGAGAAGGAUGUUUGAAAGGUUUAUUCUCAAUCCGGCAGCUUGACAUUCCCUUUAUCAUGUCUCAAAAUAUUCCAACUUCUUUUUUUAGGCAAUUUAUUCUGUAUAAUCUGUAUAAUUAGGGAUCAUUAUUUUAAUUACUUCAGUCUGUGGUGUGUAAAACAUCAGCAAAACUAAAACAGCAAAAACAAGAAGAAAUGCUUAAGAGUCUCAGAACACGGACCGAUGUUUUAGCAGCAUAGUUUUAUUAUUGUGAUGUUCUUAAAGAGUUGUCUAGCUGUUUAUUACAAAAUAAACAGUUGAGAAUUUCAAACUUGUGUUGAAUGCCUUAGUACUAGUUGUACUAAAAACACGUUCUCUUUACUUGAAGAAAAGGUGGAAACCAAUUGCAUGUAGUUUUAAGUAAUCUCACAAUUAAAUCUUAAGUAACAUUAGCAAACGUUCUAUAGUAUAUUAACUGAAAUUGACACAUUAAACUAACUUGAUAUGUAUUACUUAAUUUACUUUCAGCUGAUUACUAAUUUAACUUCAAUUUUCUCUUUAAGUUUGCUUUGAAAAAAUGAGGCUUCCAAACUUUUCUGAACUAGGUAGAAUUUAUAGUGUACACGUAUAAAGUAUUAGUCUAAAUUAAGAAAAUAAUCUGAUUCUAAAAUAUCUAUAUUUGUUCAUGUGCAGUGGGUAUUGUGUUUCUUUUGACAGAUAUAAAUAAGAUAUACUGUAUUAUGACAUUUUCAAUUAUACAGGUUUUUAAAAAAUAUGUUUAUUUGCAGUAUAUUUUAAAAAGGUAUGGAGAAAAUGUUUGACAACAGUUUGUUAAUUGGCUAAUCUCUGAUUCUGAGGUUUAUCAAUAGUAAAAAUUUAAUUGUAACUAUAAACAGUUUAAUCUAAAAUGUUUUAAAGUUUGUUUUUUUAACAUACAGUUUAAAAUACUGUAUAAAACUAUCUAAAAUCAUUACCAGUUUUGUUUGUUUCUGUAAUUCGUUAUUUCAUAUAAUGUGGUUUGUAUUUUUUAUAUACAGUAUUUUGUAGUUUUAGCUAGAUUUUGUACAAUAUAUAGAAAUCUUUCCCUGUAAAAUGAAAUAUGGACACAAAUAUACUUUUAUAAAUAAAUACUAUUGCAUAUAUGUUUUACUACAAUUCCCUUCUUUAACCUCCUUGUAACAUCCUUCUUUUUUUUUUUUGCAUUGUUUCCUAAAACAAUUGAGUCUUUUUUUAUUGUUAUUUAAACGUUUUUAACGUAUUUUAAGUAUUUGUUUUUUAAAAGAUUUUAAAAAAAUAAUAAUUUUUAGUGUAUUUUAUUGCUUUCUUAAACGUAACCAGCAUGUGUUGCUGUGAUAAAGAACAGCGUUUGAAGUCACUGUGUGUUAAGGUAAGUGUGGAACCAGGCAUUUUAUGCUGUUUGUCUGUAAAUAGGUUGGUUGGUUUGGUGGAAGAGUGUGGGGUGUUAGUGAUGGCCUAUGUGGUAUUUGCAUGCACUCUUGCACCCACAAAUUAUCCUGGCAUAUAAACUGACACAGACGCAGUGCUAGAUCAUAUUCUGGCACUCACUCCUGGCCCCAGGUCUGUCUCUUUGCCCCUGCCAAAACCCUUAACAGCUAAAACGGCCCCUCUUAAACAUAACUGCCUCCGUUUCUCUACCCAUUAUUCAGUCUUCAACUAAUUACCUGGAAGCACAUUUCUGGUCAUUUUACUUGAGCUCUUGUGGUGCAGACCUGGUGGUGCAUAGUCAAAUCAACCAUGAGUUUCUAAUAUUUCAUUACAGUUAUACAAAGAUUUAAUCAAAUUAGUUGUUCCACCUAAUACUUUAUUCCUUGGAUUUAAGGAUUUAACUAGCAAACUUUCAGCACUUAAUAGGAUUCUAAAUUAGUGCUUUAUUAAAAGCAUGAGCUCUUGGAGGGUAAAACAUAGUGAUAUGAUCGUUUUCCAAUUAUAUUCAGAUUGUUUCCAGUAAAGAAACCAUAAUGAUUUUGUUUACUUAUACUUGCUCCUUACUUAGACUUAAUCCAGCCAUCCAUUUUCUGUACCACUUAUGCUACACAGAGUCACGGGGAGCCUGGAGCCUAUCCCAGGGGACUCGGGGAACAAGGCAGGGGACACCCUGGACGGGGUGCCAAUCCAUUGCGUGGCACAACCGCACACACACUCACCCACUACGCACAAUUUGGAAAUGCCAGUCAGCCUACAACUGUCUUUGGACUGGUGGAGGAAACCGGAGUACCUGGAGGAAACCCCCAAAGUGCACAGAGAACAUGCAAGCUCUGCACACAUAGGCCAAACGGGCUAGCCACUAAGCCACCGUGCCCCAUUUUAGACUUAAUAAUUUUAGAUUAUUUAAGAUGAUUGUUCAGUCAAGAAUGCAAACCCAAGUUAGUUUUUGGAACUCUCAAGGGGAUUACCCACUCCUGAUUCAUUCAGUUCCACUGCAAUGCACAUUAGUCUAAAAUGAAACCAUGAAAACUCAUCAUCUCUGAACAUAAGGCUAAAUGUAAGGACACCUGUAAGGGUCUGCACACAUCUUACCUGUUACCUGGGGUUUUGAAUGCUGUCUAUGACAAAAUCUAUGUGUGUGUGUGUAUAAACUGAUGUAGAUCUGAUUGAGUGAAGUGUAGUAAUGAAGGAGGCUUUUACAAGAUAAAUGUCAUGCCUUGUGUCUUAUUGUUUUGACUUUGUGUCAUUGUCUCCUCACCUCUGCAGGAUGCCAGAGAGAGUUUGUCUGUUUCAUGGUCAGAACUAUCACAAGCUGAAGCGAGCAUGUUUGAGGCAUGGAGCACUUUUUAAAGACCCACACUUCCCUGCCUGUACUCAGUCAUUGUUCUACAAGAGAACACCACCUCCAGGACUCACAUGGAAAAGACCACGGGAACUGUGUAAAGAUCCAAGACUUUUCGUAGAUGGAAUCAGUACUAGAGAUCUGCACCAGGGCAGUCUGGGUAACUGCUGGAUGGUGGCAGCUACUUCCUGUCUUGCAACAGAGCCAUCGCUUUGGAAGAAAGUCAUCCCAGAUCACAUGGAGCAGGAGUGGAACCCCAAGCGCCCACACCUGUAUGCAGGAAUUUUUCACUUCCGCUUCUGGCGAUUGGGUCAGUGGAUGGAUGUGGUGGUGGAUGACCGCUUACCGGUCAGUGAGGAUGGAACUCUGCUCUUCUGUCGCUCAGCCACACCACGGGAGUUUUGGAGUGCCCUGCUGGAGAAAGCUUAUGCCAAGCUCAAUGGCUGUUAUGAAGCCUUAGAGGGAGGAAACACUGCAGAAGCUCUGGUAGAUUUCACUGGAGGAGUAUCUGAACCACUGAGUUUGGAUGGAGAGACACUGAGCCAGCAUGGUGACCAAAGGAGGGUGCUGUUCCAGACGCUAGCCAGAGCACACAGCUGUAAAGCUCUCAUCACAUGCUCCAUACGGCCAGCAGAAGGAGAGCAGGUUGAGUCUGUGCUGGAAUGUGGUUUAGUGAAGGGUCACGCGUAUGGUGUAACUGCACUUAGGAAGAUCCGUGUUGGGGAAAAUCUGUUACCUGUUUGUGGAACAUCCCGGCUGUACAUGGUGCGCAUGAGGAACCCAUGGGGCACAGCGGACUGGACAGGGGCCUGGAGCCAGGGGUCACAGGAAUGGCAGCAGGUGGGCCGCUGUGAGAGAGAGAAGAUGGGGCUGAUUGUCAGAGAUGUGGGCGAAUUUUGGAUGGAGUUUGAGGACUUCUGCCACUACUUCACAGAUAUGGUGGUGUGCAGGCUGGUGGAACAAUGCCUGUUCUGGCAUUUGGGUCACUGGAGAGAAACGCAUUGUUCUGGAGAGUGGACUCAUGCUCCUCUAGACUCAACAAGACUGACUGCUUCUCAAUCCUCCAACACCCAGAAGGUCUCCUCAAGUUCCCAGUGGUCUCGUCCAACUACUGCCCCAAGAGGAAAUAGGAAAGAAGAAAGGCUGAGUGAAAGGCAGCUGCAUGAGAGGAGGGACCACACAGUGAAAGAGAAGAAAGCUAAAGGUGAACAGAAAGCUGGGCUAACACAAAGAGGAAACAGGACAACAAAGGAAAAUGAAGAUGAGUUUCAGGGAAAAGAGGAAGGAGUGGUGGAGGAAAGUUGGGAGAGAGAGAUGGACAGGAGAAGUAGGUGUGGGGGAUGUAUUAACCACAGAAAGACAUUUCUUCAUAAUCCUCAGUUCAUGUUUGAGUUGGGAGGAGAGGGGGAUGAGGUGCUCAUAUGCCUGCAGCAAGAGGACAGAAGGAUGAAACGGAGGGAAGGAGCAGGUGAAAAUCUUCCAAUCGGCUUUGAGGUGCUGAGGGUCGAGGUGAACCGUGUGAGUAGGGUGCAGUGUUUUUCUGAGCAGGCAGCCAGUUCAGUCUACAUGGACUCACGCAGUAUUACCCUGCGUGUAAUCCUUGACCCUGGGCGCUAUGCCCUCAUACCCACCACUUUCCAGCCUGGGGUUCCUGGCCGCUUCCUUCUCCGCCUCUUCUCACACACCCAUGUGAAACUCAGGGAGCUGAAAGAGGAGUUGCCUGUUCCCUCUCUGUGGCAGUGUUGUGUGCCUCAGCCAUGUGCUGUUGUUACAGUGUACCUUCACAGAGCCUCCACAGUCAGCAAGCCCAAACAUCCAGCUCCAGAUGUAUAUGCCGUCAUUAGGUGCGAGGAGGUCACUGUAAGGACACGGGUAUUUAAAAAAGAUGGAAGUCCUGAAUUUAACACUAAAGCCAUUUUCUACAGGAGGAAACCUAAGAGUAAUAUCUGCAUAGAGCUAUGGGGAAGAGGUUUGCUAUUUGACUCCUUCCUGGGAAGAGCUCAUCUCCAAACAGGGGCCACUGAACGAGGACGGACCAGAGUGAUUGAACUGCAAGGUGGUCAGUCUCGCGGCUGCAUCUAUGUAGAGACUUCCACCAGUCAGUGCCUGACAGACUUAUGACUUUUCCAUUGACUUAGUGGAACUGAGCUAUUACUAAAAUCUGAAAACUGACUACAAAAGCCAGGCUUGGGACCAGACUUCUGCAAGUUUCUCCUUUACAGUCUGGUAUUGUCAUGCACGUGCCUGCUUCUGAUUGGUCAUGAGACCUGCUGCUUCUGUUGAGUGGUAUAGCAAGUCCUGUAGCCUGACUAUGUGUAGUUAAUGUCUUUUGUUGUGAUUGUAGGUCAGUAAUCCAUGUCAGCCUUGCGUUAGGGAGGGAACGUUGUAGCUAUUAAAACAGUCCUCACAAAAUGCUGUGCUUUUGAAUAGUCCAAAGAAAGUAAAAGAGCAUUUGCUAUUGUGUGUUAGGCUUGCAGUUAGUUUAGGUAGCAUAGUUAUCCGCUGGUCAGAUAUUAAAAGCAGAAUUCACAUUAGGCCACGUUUGCUGUUGACAAUGAUGUUCAUGUAACCAGGCCUCUGAAAACAUUUCUCAAUCAUUGUCUAGCUCCUUUUUUAAACAACAAAGAUAGCAGCAUUUCUGUUUUCUCUGAAUAAAGGUAUGUUUCUAUUCUGGGUAAUCAAAUAGUAUUUUGCAUACUUGUCACAUACAAAUGAACAACAAAAGAGCACAUUUUCCCCUUUCUGAUCUAGGAACUGUUGUGGAGUAGUUUGAGCUACAAACCAAACUUGGAUGUCAUCGCUUCUGAUUUUUAAAAAUCUUUAAUCCUCAGUUCCCUUCAUAGUGUGUGCGUGUGUCAUCUGUCAUAGAGUCCAAUAAAUACAAAACAUGUUG